CAAACAUUCUUCUUCAAAAUUAAGAAUCAAGUGCGCCAUAAACACUGACAAGGAGACGCAUAUUUCUUGAUUCUUGGCGCUAUGGUUGCCUAUAUAUUUUGCUUGACGGCUAGUGGAGGGGUUCCGGUAUUUGCACGUAACAAGAAUGGGUUGAAACCACUACCUUUUCCAGUGAUAGGAUCAUUAAAUGGGGUUCACAUGUUUGCCAGGUCUCAUGAUGUGGAAUUAGUAUCAACUAUAACUGAUGACUCCAAGAUUGUCUGGAAGUCAUUUCAUGACAGUUUGACACUGAUAGUUAUCGCCGAGGAUGAUGACGCAGAUGACUGUCACCUUGGAAACAUCUUGCUGUAUGUGUUUGAAGCAAUGGUCAUGUUACUGGGUUUUGAUGAUGUCACAAAUAUUAAAAAUGUUGAGAGGUUCAAGAAAGAUGUAAGGGUAUGUUUUCCGCUGAUUGACAGAUUUAUUGAGGACCAUGACCUUCUGACCUUUGGUGACCUCGUAAAUGCAGUGGAUGUAAUAGCUGCUUCUGAAAAUACUGUUCUUCAGAGUUUCCUGGAUGCCUUUGCAGAGUGUGCGGAUAGCCCCUAUGGUUGUUUGUUGGUGCAUGGCAAAAUCUCCGUGGCAACAAGAAAAUGGUGGAGUUUAACUAGUCGAGAACUGGUGCUAAUCUCUGCUCUAAUAUCCUCAUUUUCACCUAGUUCAUCAAGGGAUGUUCCAGUGUUUCUGCCUGAUGCUAGUCCAAGCGUGCCACAUAGGUUGAUGACAUUCCAGUUGACCAGACAUGUUGAAGCAUGUGUGUUGUGUGGUCCAAGUCCCUCAUUAGCUGACCUUGAAGAGGAGGUUGGCAGAUUUUGGCGUACAGGUUAUGAUUCACUCAGAGCCGUCUUACAGAAUCAUCCAAGCAAUAUUCCAUCUCACACAGUUCUUGAUUCAAACCUCUUGGGAUUCCUUCUUGUGAAUGUAGAGACCAACAGAUGUUUGUGUUCAGUACAUCCACCAUCAACAGAUGAUGAAACAUUAGAAGUGUAUGAAAAGAGGCAUAUUUUGAGGUCAUACUACAAACAUGUUGUAGGGAAUUUCUUUUCUUCGAAGAUAGAAGGCAGUGAAAAAGGUCCUUCAGAUUUCACUCAUUCCGCCAUGGACACCUAUAUUACCACAGACACACACAAAUGUUACGCCAUGCUGUCACCACCUCACCAGAUCUAUGUCUUAUAUAACACCAGUAUUCCAACAUUUGCUUUGAGGUCCAUUACAGAAAAGACACUCCAGAUUCUAACAAGAGAUAAGUCAACACAGUUAUAGCCGCUUGUAUGUUUAGAAUAGCAGCAGUGUGUACCAGAAGAAGCCUACAGGAUAGUGUUGGUCAGGAUAGAGGUGUAAUGUGUGAAGGACAUUGGUACAAGCAGGGUAAAGGUGAUACAAGAUGGUAAAGAGUAAGUUUACUUAGAAAUUGAGAAAGACUUAUAGAAAAUUGACUAACAUCUGCAAAGAAAAUGAGCAAGACUUACAGAGAAUUGAGCAGCAUCUUGUGAAAUUUAGGGAGGCUUCUAGAAAAUUGAGCGAAAAUUUCAGAAACUGAGCAAGACUUCUAGAAUAUUGAGGAAUAUCUUGAAAGAUUGUUGAAGACUUCAAGAAAAUAAAGCAAUUAAAAACAAUUAGCAAAUUCUAGAAAAUUGAGCAGGUUUACUUGAAAAUUGAGCAAGUCUUUUAGAAAAUUAGCAGCAUUUUAGGAAAUUGAGCUAGUCUAGAAAAUAGAGAUUCAGCUAGUGUGCUACUGGUUACACGUAGAUAUUGUGUGAAAACUGAAAUAGGUCCGAUUGGAAGCAGUACCAGCAAGGAAAAUAAAUUUCAUUUAAGAAAAGAUGGAAAUUGAACAUUAUGAUAAGAUGGACUUUUGCAUGUUAAAGAAAAGUGCCAUUGUUUUCUGCUAAAGAAAAACGGACUUAAGUUGAAACCAAUUUUGUUUUAGCAGUUGAAAAAAAAGAUACUGAAGCAUUUCUCAGCAAGUAACUGUAUGAAAAUUCUGCAUAUGUAAUCGAUUAUGUUACAAAUUAGUUUAUCACAAUAAACGAGGA